AUGGUUUUGGAGGCUACGAUUAUUGUUAUUGACAACUCUGAAUACUCCAGAAACGGAGACUUUCCUAGGACGCGUUUCGAGGCCCAAAUCGAUGCAGUAGAAUAUAUCUUUCAGGCGAAGCGCAAUGGCAAUCCUGAAAAUACGGUAGGUCUGAUAUCUUCUGCGGGUUCUAAUCCUCGUGUGCUGUCAACCUUCACUUCCGAGUUUGGUAAAAUUCUUACCGGUUUGCACGACACAAAGAUAGAGGGAUCGACUCAUUUGGGGACCGCUAUGCAGAUUGCCGCACUUACCCUUAAGCAUCGCCAGAAUAAAGUACAGCACCAAAGGAUUGUGGUGUUUGUUUGCAGUCCGAUCAAGGACAAGCGGGAUGAGCUGCUGAAAUUGGCCAAAAAGCUGAAGAAAAACAGUAUAAGCGUGGAUAUCAUCAGCUUUGGUGAGACGGAUACCAAUGCCCAGCUAUUGGAGGAGUUUAUUGAGACCGUGAAUAAUUCGCAGGACGAAAGUAGCCAUCUUGUGACAGUGUCACCUGGACCAAGAUUACUAUACGAGCACAUCGCGUCAUCGCCGGUAAUCCUGGAGGAAGGGGCUGCCGGAAUGGGAGGUUUUGAUGGAUCUGCUGCUGGUGACAAUGCCUUCAUGGACUUUGGUGUGGAUCCAUCGAUGGACCCUGAACUGGCUAUGGCGCUGCGUCUGUCGAUGGAAGAAGAGCAACAAAGGCAGCAGAGGCUAAGACAGCAGCAGCAAGAACAGGAGCAGCAAUCCCAGGCAGUUCAAGAAGACAAUGAGCAGGGACAAGAACCAAAGACCUAG